GUCUUGAGCUAUCACAGGGACUCCAGGAAAGCCAUGCAGAGCCUUGAGCCAUGAAGGAAUGCUCAGAUAUCAUCCUCUGUGCGGAGGCGACAGAGCUGAGCAAGACUGAGUUCUGCAAUCCUGCUUUUGAGCCUGAAUCAGGGCCUCCCCCACCGGCCUUCCGGGAGGAUGCCAGCUGCAGCGUCCCGGCUCCCUGGCAUGGUCGGCGGCCCCGAGGGCUGCAGCCAGAUUGUCACUUCUCCUGGCUCUGUGUCCUCCUGCUGGCCAGCCUCCUGCUCCUGCUGCUCGGGCUUCUGGUGGCCAUCAUUCUAGCCCAGCUGCAGACUACACCCCUGCCUGGGGCCUCCUAUCACCCACUGCCCACCCAAGGCUUCACCACCACCACCACCACCACCACCACCACCACCACCCCUACCACUCCCACCCCCUCUCCAGCAACAGGGAACCCUAAAGGACAGCUGAAGGAGGCAGGCAUGAGCCCCUCACCCCAGUCCUCCUGUGGGGGCCUCCUCCCUGGCCCAAGGGGCUUCUUCAGCAGCCCCAACUACCCAGACCCUUACCCACCCAACGCCCACUGCGUGUGGCAUAUCCAGGUGGCCGCAGGCCAUGCAGUACAACUCAAGAUUGAAGCGCUCAGCAUGGAAAGCGUGGCCUCCUGUCUUUUCGAUCGUUUGGAAAUCUCCCCUGAGCCUGAGGGCCCCCUCCUCAGAGUGUGUGGGAAGGUGCCUCCCCCUACACUCAACACCAACGCCAGCCGCCUCCGGGUGGCCUUCGUCUCUGACAGCAGUGUGGAAGGAUCUGGUUUCCAUGCCUGGUACCAGGCUGUGACCCCCGGGAACGGGAACUGUGCUCAUGACGAGUUCCCCUGUGACCAGCUCGUCUGCCUGCUACCUGACUCAAUGUGUGACGGUUUUGCCAACUGUGCUGACGGCAGCGAUGAGGCCAACUGCAGCACCAAGCUCUUGGGGUGUGGGGGGAAUCUGACUGGGCUCCAGGGCACUUUCUCUGCUCCCAGCUACCUGCAGAGGUACCCUCACCAACAGCUUUGCACCUGGCAUAUCUCGGUGCCUGCGGGACGUGGCGUGGAAUUGCAGCUGCACAACUUCAGCCUAGAAGCUCAGGACGAGUGCGAGCUGGACUACGUGGCGGUGUAUGAGACCAGCACCUCAGGGGCCCUGGGCCUCCUGGGCAGGUUCUGUGGAGCGGAGCCACCACCUCGCCUCAUCUCCUCCAGCCACCAGCUGGUGGUGCUCUUUAGGACAGACCGUGGCAUCAGCAGUGGGGGCUUCUCUGCCACCUACAGGGCCCUCAAUGCCACAGAGAUUCCCUGUGGGCCCGGAGAGUUCUCCUGCCGCGAUGGAGGGUGUAAGAGUCUGCAGUGGAUGUGUGACACGUGGAGAGACUGCACAGAUAGCAGCAAUGGCAACUGCAGCAGCCCCUUGCUUCCGCCCCCAGAGCUGGCCUGUGAACCCGUCCAGGUGGAGAUGUGCAUCGGCCUGAGCUACAACGCCACAGCCUUCCCUAACAUCUGGGUGGGCAUGGCCACCCAGGAGGAAGUGAUGGAGGUCCUCAGAAGUUACAAGAGCCUGACAAGUCUACCCUGUUACCAGAACUUCCGGAGGCUCCUCUGUGGGCUGCUUGUGCCCCAUUGCACCCCCACAGGCAGCGUCCUUCCCCCUUGCCGCUCUGUCUGCCAGGAGGCAGAGCUCCAGUGCCAGUCCGGCCUGGCUCUACUGGGCACCCCCUGGCCUUUCAACUGCAACAGGCUGCCUGAGGCGGCUGGCCUGGAGGCCUGUGCCCAGCCCUGA